AUGAAGCACAUAAUCAACCUAUAUGAGAACAUCAACGAUACAGCAAGAAAUAAUUCAGACUGUCCUCAUGUGGUUUUGCCGGAAGAGAUAUUUUUUACAAUAUCCAUCGCCGGGGUGCUGGAGAAUCUGAUCGUCCUGCUGGCUGUGAUCAAGAAUAAGAACCUCCAGGCACCCAUGUACUUUUUCAUUUGCAGCCUGGCCAUUUCCGACAUGUUGGGCAGCUUGUAUAAGAUCUUGGAAAAUAUCCUGAUCAUGCUCAGAAACAAGGGUUAUCUCAAGCCUCGUGGCAAUUUUGAAACCACGGCCGAUGACAUCAUCGACUCCCUGUUCAUCCUCUCCCUCCUGGGCUCCAUUUUCAGCCUGUCUGUGAUCGCCGCGGACCGCUACAUCACCAUCUUCCAUGCCCUGCAGUACCACAGCAUUGUGACCAUGCGCCGCGCCGUUGCUGUCCUGGCGGUCAUCUGGACAUGCUGCACAUGCAGUGGCAUCACCAUGGCGAUCUUCUCCCAUCGCAUCCCCACAGUGAUCACCUUUACAUCAUUGUUCCCUCUGAUGCUGGUCUUUAUCCUCUGCCUCUAUGUGCACAUGUUCUUGCUGGCCCGUUCCCAUGCCAGGAAGAUCUCAACACUUUCCAGAGCCAACAUGAAAGGGGCCAUCACACUGACCAUCCUGCUUGGGGUCUUCAUCUUUUGUUGGGCCCCCUUUGUUCUUCAUGUCCUCUUAAUGACAUUCUGCCCAAAUAACCCUUACUGUGUCUGCUACAUGUCCCUCUUCCAGGUGAAUGGCAUGUUGAUCAUGUGCAAUGCAGUCAUUGACCCCUUUAUAUAUGCCUUCCGAAGCCCAGAGCUCAGGGAAGCAUUCAAAAAGAUGAUCUUCUGCAGCAGGUACUAG